AUGUCGUCCUUGCGAAAUUCAUUACACCGGCGCAACCACAAGGAGCGUUCGCAGCUCUCUCAUCGAGCUCGUCUGGGCAUCCUCGAAAAGCACAAGGACUAUGUCCUCCGUGCGCGGGACUACCACUCGAAGCAGGACAGGAUCACCCGCCUGCGCCAGAAGGCAGCAGACCGCAACAAGGAUGAGUUCUACUUCGGGAUGAACAGGCAGGGGACGCAGGGGGGAGUGCAUGUGCAGGAUAGAGGAAACGAAGCGCUACCGGAGGACGUGGUGAAGGUGCUGAAAACGCAGGACGAGAAUUACCUGCGGACGAUGCGGACGGCGGGGCUGAAGAAAAUAGAUAGGCUCAAGGGCCAGCUGAGCGCACUAGCAGACCUCGUCCAGCCUCUUGCCACGGACAAUGACCCUGACGAUGUAGAAGACGGUCUGGACCAUGAGGAGCUCGAAGUGCUACGGGAGGCGGGUAUCCUCGCCGCACCAGCGAAGACACGGAGGCGCAGAUCUGGCGCCAGCCUAAAGGGCAAGCACAUUGUUUUUGUGGAGGACGAGGACGCAGGUGUGGAGAGUGGUGACGACGGCGACGAUGACGAGGAGUCGGAGAGCAGGGCAGUGAAGAAGGUGGACGAGAAGACGUGGAAACCAAGAGUGUACAAGUGGCGGUUAGAGAGGAAGAGGUGA